AUGUUUAAGAAGUUCUUCGUCAAGCCCAGCUCUGUCCAAUCUGAUGCAAAAUCGUCGCCAUCCUCAUCUGGACUGUCAACUGACCAUCUAGGAGAAAAGGACAUUCCUAGUUUGAAAAGAAGGCACUCACUGGUAUUGCCAUACUCGGAAAGUCUAUUUUUGAAUGCUAGUCAGAAAGCAGUCGAGCUGGAUGACAUAAGUAUUGACCCGUUCGAACACCCUUCGAUACGAAGAAGCAAAAGCAUUGCUGAGGGAAUGCUUGAUAGGAAUGGAAAAGGUUACAAAGCGCUGACACUAAAGCUUAGUAAGUCAGUUAGAUUUGAAAGCGAUGACCGCUUUGCAGAACGAGGACUAGCUCUCUUCGAUAGCUCUUUUGAGCAUGUAAUAUCGAAAGAACUUUCCCAGGGUUUGGAAACUGGUGAGUUCAAGCAAAAAGUAGAGUGUUUUCCUAAGAUUAGCUCUUUCAAACCUUCCCCGGCUAAAUCUAUUACAUCUUCAUCUUAUUGUGAUAUUUCAGAGAGUGAUCCACGACUCGAUUUCCUAACUCUAAAAGAAUACAAGACUUUUGAAAGCAAUGAACAACAAAUGGUGACAUUGUGGACUGAAGAUAACGAAAGUGUUGGGACAGAAAGGCCCUUAACCACAAAUUCCAAUGACAGCUCGCAAGGAUGCAAUGACAGCAGUUAUCUUCGCAAGUAUCCGUCUAGAAGUUCGUCCAUUGAGAACCAUAUUAUAUCAAAUGAAGAUAUGAGCCUUAUCCUUGAGUAUUUGAGUCCAUUUAUCGAAUACGACAGCAGCACCAUGUCUAAGAAUGUGUCAACCUUUCAUGUAUUAGUUAAAAAUGCAGCAAUUGCCGCAAACGGAAUGGUUGCGAAAAAGAAUUCACGGAUUCUUGAGCUAGAGGAAGAACUCCAUAGCUUAAAACAAGAUUAUGAAAGAGAUUUGGAUUCUUUUGGCAAUGCAAUAGAUCAAGUUGACUCGAAAAUAGAGUCCAUUAGUAAUAGAAUUGAAUUAGUAUUCCAAGAAGAAUCAAAAGUUUCUUUAGCUAUCCAAGCUGAGAAAAUCAAAUUGGCUCUGCUUUCCGAAGUUCUAGAAUGCAUUCAUAAGCACAACACUGAGAAAAUGCCCCUAAAUGAGUUUCUUCAACAGAUCCUAGAUAACAGCUGUACUUUGAGAGGGAAGGAAGUUGCGAUGUCUGAGAUUGAGACUGAAAUGCGUUCAAAAGUUUCAGUGCUAGAGCAGAAAUUGUGUAAAGCUCAAGCGGAUGAAACAUACAAAGCGGAGCUACUAAAUAAGUCUGUGCUCGAGUUAAAAGAUGAAAUAAUGGCAAAGGACAAAGUGAUUCAAGACAUCCAAAACAGUCUAAUUGAGCUUCAGAAGGUUAAUAGAAAUUUGGGUAUUGAUUUGGAAGCUUGUUCCCAAAAAUUUCAGUCUUCAGAACUGCAAUUGAAUAUUGAAAUGGCAAGAAAUGUGAGUAUGAAAUCUACAAUUAAAAACCUUCAAGACAAAGAAAAUAAAAGUCAAGUCUUGUUCACAGAGCUUGAGCUUGAAAAUCAAAGCACUUCUUCUUCCUAUGAAUAUGAAUUAAAGUUGCAGACCAUUGAAAUUAAAAAACUUAUUAAAGAAAAUAAGAUGUUUAUUAAUACUAUAAAUGAAAGAGAUGGCCAGAUAGGGAAAUUGAAAUGCUCUAUUCAACGAUAUCAUGCUAAGCUCAAAAAUGCAAAUCAAUCAAAUAAGAUGCUAAAGUUCCACCUAAUAGAAAUGAUUCAGAUUGUUGCAAUAAGAUUGUCGGAUUUUAUUGAACAAGAUUCGAACAACCUUGUUCAAGAUGCCUUACAAAUAAUUACUAGCUCUGAAGAUUUGCAUUCCACUAUCGAGUCAGAUAAAGAAUUGGAGUCUCUAAGUGUUAAUAAGGUAUUACUUGAGUCUGUCAUUCAUUUCGUAAGUAGUGCAAUUGAAAACUUGAUUGAGAUAUUCAAACAGAACGAAAUAAUGCUAAAAAUCGAGCUUGAUAAUAAGGCUGGUGCAUAUCACAAUAUGCUAGAAAAGUUGAUAGACAUGAUGUCAGAGAGAGGUAUAAUAAAUAGUCCCACAAGGAGAAGAAUUAGGACGAAAUUCAAUUAA